GUGUCUUAGAUAAAUAAUUCCCAAAGUUAAAUUUUCUAUAAUUAACCAGUUUUUAAGCAGUUUCUAAGCAUAUAAAAUGUCUGAAAGAAAAGUUUUAAACAAGUACUAUCCACCGGAUUUCGAUCCAUCGAAGAUUCCUCGUUGUAAACUACCAAAAAAUCGACAAUACACUGUUCGAUUGAUGGCACCGUUUAAUAUGAGAUGUGCAACUUGCGGUGAAUAUAUUUACAAAGGAAAGAAGUUUAAUGCUCGAAAAGAAGAUGUUGAGAAUGAGACGUAUUUAGGAAUCAGAAUUUAUCGCUUUUAUAUCAAAUGUACGCGUUGCCUACAAGAAAUUUCAUUCAAGACAGAUCCACAAAAUACAGAUUAUGAGAUUGAAGCAGGCGCAACUCGUAAUUUUAUGGCACUUAAGCUAGCUGAAGAGCAAGCAUUAAGGGAAUUACAAGAAGCAAAAGAGGAAGAAGCCAAUAAUCCAAUGAAACUUUUAGAAAACCGAACAGAACAAUCAAGGAAUGAAAUUGAACUGCUUGAAUCCUUAGAAGAGCUAAAAGACUUGAAUCAAAGGCACGAAAAUAUCGACUAUGAAGCUCUUCUACAUCAAUACAAUCCAAAAGAAACAGUCCAGCAACGAGAAGAGCGACUAGCUAAAUUAGACGAAGAAUAUAUUAAAACUGUCAAAUUUCGAGGCAAUGGAAGCGGUUCAAAGCGUGUUGUUACUGAAGAAAUUAUUGAAGAUGUUAAGGAUGAAGUGGAAGUAACAAAGAAGAAACCGAAAAUUGAGAGUUUUGCUCCUAAACUUCAGAAAUCAGUUAACACUAAGAAACCGUUAGUUCUCGUCAAGAAAAAGGAACCUGCAGCAUCAACUACAUUAAAAGUAUCGAAUCCAGUAACCAUUAGCAAUGAAGCAUCUACAGAUAACUCGAAUGAAACAUCAAAAGUAAUUGUAGAGCAGAAAAGCAAUACCAAACCGUCGGGACUUUCACUUCUUUGCGACUACAGUGACUCAAACUCUGAUGAAAAUGAUGAUUGAAGUAAGUUUUAAGAACUUUUUUAAUUAAGACGUUUUAUAUUCCCUUAUAACUGAAAUAAAUAUUAAAUCCAGU